AACCGAAGUUACAUUUAAUGCGCUGCUCCCAAGGUUGCAACGGUACUUGCUCUUUAGGAGCCGCGUAUCAGCUUCUGGCUAAGUUGUAUAGGUUAUGGAACGGCUAUGGCUAGCAACUAUGUCUGCUCGCUGGCGGUGGCGGUCGUCUCCCUCCUCCUCGCUGUGGCUUUCUUGAGCUCCCUCACCUGUGAUGGAGCUGACUGCUUUGCGCUACACAACCUUGAGAUUACUCGCAUAUCUCGCCUUCACAGUCACUUGACAUCAGCAAAGUUUGAGCAAGUGGAGAGCCUGGAAGAUGUGUACGGGGGCCCAAGUAUUGAACAAGUUGAGCAAGUGAUAGAGAACCCAUUUGAGAGAGAUGGAAGUGAGUUAGUGGAAGAGGAUGCACAGCAAGGGAUAUUGGAAGAGGAUCAGGUGUCAUUGGGGGAACACUUGAUCGGCGUUGUUGAGGAGGCUAGCAAAGAGACAGUUGAGGGUUUCAAAAAUGAAACAGUUGGGAAAACAGCUGUUGAUGCUGCUGAAGAUGCAAGCAGCGAGCCACCUGAGGUGAUCACAAGGGAAACGGUUGAUGAAGAUGCAGAGGGAGGCGUUGUAGAAGAAGUUCAGGCGGCACCAGCCCCCAACCCAGACCCAGUGAUAUUUGGCACAGGGUUUUAUCCAGAUGGUCGUUUCCACCCUCAGACAGGGUUUGAUCCCUACGCUCCCGCCACACCCCCCGUGCUGCCAGCAAGAACGCUAGCUCUCAACAUCGUGGAUUUUGGCGCUGUUGGAGAUGGAACAACUUCUAACACCGCAGCUUUUGAGGCCGCGGUCGCAGCAGCUUCAGGUGCCGUGGGGGGCGCUUCAUUACGUGUUCCAGAUGGGGUCUGGCUCACGGGUUGUUUCAACCUGACGAGCCAUUUGACGUUAUUUCUGGACAGCGGGGCAGUUUUACUGGCAAGCCAGGACCCUUCUCACUGGCCUGUAUUGCCCCCAUUGCCAUCCUACGGCCAGGGGCGAGACGUAGAAGGGCCUCGGUAUGGCAGCUUCAUCCAUGGGGAGCAUCUAGUUGACGUCGUUAUAACUGGUAACAACGGCACAAUUGACGGGCGGGGCGACCCUUGGUGGGCUGCUUACAAGGCGGGUCAGCUUAACCACACACGGGGCUGCCUGAUUGAAAUACAGUGGUCGUCGCGCGUUGUUAUCUCAAACCUAACCCUGCUCGACUCGCCGUUCUGGAAUGUCCAUCUCUACGACAGCCAUGACGUCACCGUGCACGGGCUGACGAUCACGGCCCCAAGUCAUUCGAAGAACACCGAUGGGGUGGAUCCGGACUCUUGUACGGACGUGUUGAUCGAGAACUGCUACAUCAGCACCGGGGAUGAUGCAAUCGCAGUCAAGAGCGGAAUGGACGCAGCCGGAGUUGCGUACGGCAAGCCGACCCGCAACGUGGUGGUCCGGAACCUGGUCGUCGGACGUACGCACGCGUUGUCCAUUGGAAGCGAGAUGAGCGGGGGCGUCGCAAACGUGUUGUUUCAGAACAUCGUCUCCUUGGGACCCGGGGCCAACGGUCUCCGCAUCAAGUCGGCUCCGGGCCGGGGUGGGUACGUCACCAAUAUCACCUACCGGGACAUUGUCCUGGAGGAUCAACGAUACGGCAUCAGCGUUUACAGCAACUACCGCCAAGAUGCGGCCACUCCGCCCGCCGAUAACCUGCCCCGGCUCGAAGGAAUCCUCUUUCAAAACGUGACCGGACGACGGAUUGUAUAUGCGGGGCGGCUGAACGGGUUACCUCAAGCCCCGUUACAUGGAAUUAAGUUGGAGCAAAUCAAUCUCGAGACUAAGAAGCGGUAUAAGUGCGACUAUGUGUAUGUUGAGGCGGACCAUGCGGAGCCCCCACCCUGCGAGCGAGGGUGGGACUCGCAGAAUAGACGGAGAUUGCUAGCGAGUUGGAUGUGGGCGCGACGAACGUUCGGUGGGAUACUCGGAAUGCCUGGCGAAUGGAUACCACCUUCUUAA